GUGUAAAUCAGGUCAUAGUGGAGCAUCAUGGAAGAGAAGUAGAACAACGCGGUUCCUGAGUGGUAGUGCAACAUCAAUGGACGCACAAUCUAAGGCUAUUAUGAAUAAUGGAAACUAACUCGAUAUAAAGGACUUGAGUUUGCUGAUGCUCUGUAUACUUAAUGUGCGUGCCGAUAUAUCUUAAACCUUCUUUUGCCAUUUGAUUCAAUCUAAUGAAAUUGACUGGCUCCUGUUUCGAUCUGAUCACUGACGUUUGUGGGGAAGAUGGAUUUCUAUGAUCCGGAGAGUCCGACGCAGGAUGUGGAUUCGCCUGCUCUCUCGCCUAAACCAACAGUAGAAGAAGGGGAUGAGGAGGAUAUUUCACAUUCAGUGUCUUCAACUGCAGAAGAUGCAGUCUCAUGGCGCAAGUGUGCCAAAGAUGAAGACAGUCAUUUAAUGGGAGAAGGAGGGGAGGAAAAUGAAAAGAAGCAAAUCACAGCCUUGACAGAACAAGUGAAGGAGGCUGCCGAAGUCACAGAGCAACUGCUUAAGAUGGAGACAUCACCACCCCUUAAUCAUAUGGUGGAUAAAACAGAAACUGGGCAUACCAGUUUUGAUGAACAAAAUGACAAAAAUAGUUCAUUUAGAAAAAAAACUCACUUAAUUGACACGCAGGAUUUUACAAAUGACGAUCAUGACUUUCCCACAUUUGACUCAACAGAAAUGCCACCUGUGAUACCAGAUAUACAAAAAUUAAAUGAAAAUGCAACUGAUGCCUCAAUUUCAUUGAACAGUGAAGGAAAGCAGCAAGAUUCUAUUUUAUGCCCUCAUUCUGAUACAUCCAUCACCGAGACACCCUCUUCAAUGGAGAUUCCCAUCCCUGACCAGGCCGUUUCUCAACCUCUGACACAGAAACCAGAUGAAUAUUGCUUAGACAAUAUACCCAUACCGGGUGGGCAGCCCACUUUAAGUCCAGCAGCACACAUACCUCUACCUCCAAUGCCCAAACCAAGUCAGGCAGAAUCUCCAGAGAAUAGUACCCCUAGAGCUGGUAAAAAGAAAAAGAAGAAGAAAAAGAAAAAAUUGGAUAUUGAAAGUCCAGAUACUGUUCCAUCUGGUGUGGACCUACUGACACUUUUACCACCAGGGCAUCCCCAGUUUCCUAAGUUUCAUGAGGAACCUCAAGAGCAACUUAUGGAAUUUCAUUCAGGGCAUUCAGGUUUUCCUGGUGGACCCUCAUUAGAAUCCAAAUAUUUCAACCCAGGUACACAACGCCCUGGCUUCAAAGGGCCACUACUGCCAACACCACAACCUCAUUUUCCGACACCAAUGGAAGCUCAAUAUCCAGGACAGCAGUUGCCAUAUUAUGCUAGAUUACCUGGUGUUCACAAUCAUCCUCCAUAUCCUGGAGCCUCACUGCCUCCUGAUCAGCAACAUUUUAUGCCAGGGUCUUAUGGGGGUGUUAUGCCUGGUGUCAUCCCACAGGCAUAUGGUAGCAGUGUUACAACUGAUCAGACUCAAGUUAUGAUGGCACCGGAUCUGUCAGCACCUCAGUACACGUCUCUACAAACGACUCCAGCCCCACCACUGCCACCAGCGCAGCCAAAAUCAAAGAAAGCAAACAAGAUACCAGCUCUGCCCUCACCAUCUAGCAUCCCACUGCCCAGUCAGCCUCCACCUCCAGAACAGCCACCUCCACCUCCACACCCUCCACCACCAGCACAGUCUUCAGCACCCAGUGAAACCAAAGAGGACAAUACAAAGUCAGUGCAAUCUGAUAUUACAGACCUAAAAGAAGAUGUAGAAAAACAUAACCAGUCUCCAGAAAAGGCACAAACUGUGACAAAAACUGAAGCUGUGGCACCCUCUGCUGUACCAGAGGCCCCCAAGGGUCCAAAAAGUAAAAUAAACAUGUUGAUUCAGAGUAAAAUGUCUAAACUUAACUUACAGACAGAGAAAGAGAUAUCAGCACCACCUUUGUCAGUUAACUCUGGUGUGAAGCCUGCAGCAAAUGCUGUUAAACCCAAAGUGUUGAAAUUUCAGAUAAAGACUGUUAAAAAAUUGAAAGUUUUUGAGGAUGAUUCCGAUGAUGAGGAACAGGAUCAGAAAUCUGAGAAAAUUCCGAUAAAACCAGAUCAAGAUUUAGAAAAUAUUCCAGCCAUCAGUUCAAUUAUGUCACCUAUAAUGGCUGCUAAAAGGGCAGCUGCUUUAGUCAAUAAAGAAAUUCAGUCUCAGCUUGAUGUUCCUGGUGACAAAGACAUGGAUGUGACCACAAAUAAGGCAAAGCAUGUAUCAUUUAAAGAUACUUCUUUGCAAGCUCAGGAUGAGAUUCAAAUGGUUUCUGCUGACUUGGAGGCCAGUGAUUCAUCUGAGAAACCAAGAACUAUAAAAGUGGAAGCUGAAUCGUUACCUGAAUCCAGUUUUGGCUCUGACAUUAAUGUUCUGACAGAACAGGUUAACAGCCAGAAGGAAUGUCAGUCUUUGAGUACAGAGCAUGUUACUCCUAAAGAGGAUAAAGAAGAAAAAACAAAGUCACAAUCACCUGGGAGAAAACGAAGAUCAUUGUCACCAGCAGAACGAAGGAAGUCUCCAUCUCCAUCAAGUGGCAGGCACAAGUCGCCUUCCCCUGUUGGCAGAAAUAGGUCAACAUCACCUGCAAGAAGUAGGCGCAGGUCAUCAUCACCUGGCAGAAGGAAAAGAUCUCCAUCUCCAUCUAGUGGAAGAAGGUCCCCAUCACCUUCAGGAGGUAGAAGGAGGUCACGGUCACCUUCAGGAAGGAGGCAAAGGUCAACAUCAGUUGAAAGGAGACGAAGGUCACCUUCAGGUGGUAGGAGAAGAAGGUCCCCUUCCCCUCCUAGGUCACGCCGUAGAUCUCCACGAAGAAUAUCUCCAGUGAGGUCUCGCAGAAGGUCACCAUCACCUAGCAGGCGAAGGAGAUCACCAUCGCCUUCCAAGUCGAGAAGAUCUCAAUCACCUGUCCGUGUAAGAAGGAGAUCACCAUCUCCUACCAAUGCUAGGCGCAGAUCACCUUCACCUGGAGAUUCCAGGCGAAGAUCUCCAUCACCCAUUGGUAGAAGGCGAAGGUCACCACCCAUCACUGGUGGGCAGCAAAGGCCAUCCUCUCCCACUGUAACUCAUACUAGAUCUGUAACUCCUGAAAAUGUGAGAAAAAGGUCAAAUUCACCAUCACCUGCCAGAGGCACAUCACCUGUCUCUUCUGAAGCUAAACAGAUUUCUCCUGUUGAACGCCAUAAAUCACCCUUGUCCCCAGUUAAUAGAAAACGGUCACCUUCACCAGCAAAUGAGAGGCGUCGAAAUUUAGGUAGUAAUAGACAUAGAGACACCUCUCCUGAAAGAACUCGGCACAGGGAUGACAGGUCAAGAUACAGAAGAGAGAGUGACAGGUCGCGAUAUCGGGAUGACAGAUAUAGACCGAGAGAUGAUAGAAGGCGGUCUAGAGAUGAAUAUAGCAGGCAUGAUAAAUACAGCAGCAGGGAUGAUGAUCGUAGAGACAGUGCAAAAAGUAGGGAAUGUGAUGAGAGAAAUAAGAACCAAGGAGAUUUAUUACAUAAACAGCAUUUUGUUGACCAAGCUCCUUACACUGGGGAAAAUGAAGGAGAAGUAACAGGGAAUGACCCCAGUGGAAUUGCCCAUGACAUGUAUGCAGCACCUUAUAAACAGAAUGAACCUGUUUUUCUUCAAAACCAAAAUACUCCACAAAAUGUUGCCAGAACUGUAAUUGAACCUGCUGGUGGUUUCCAGAGUUCUGUUAGAACAACAUCCAGGUCAAGCAUAGAACCAGUCAUAGAGAAAGUAAUGACAGCCCUACCAAAUGUUCCUUCUUAUCCUCAUUUUCCAGGACAAUAUGUGCAAAAAGUGCCCCAGGUUACUAGUAGCAGUGCAAUGGGUGUAAUGCAGAUUCCAUUACCACCGCCAGCUCCUGGUCCUCCUAUACCAAAACCAUCCUCCAUUCUUAAUACAGGGACAGCACCUUCCUUAUUUCUUCCUGGUACUGUUCAACCAUCCCACUCCUUUCCUUCUGCAUCAUCGUCAGGGAUUCCAAUAACAAGAUCACUGCAGAUGGAAGUUGUGCCAGCAGCAUUACCUGUAAAGGUUUCUACAGUUACUUCAGCAUUACCUGUAGGAGCAGCUCCUUUAGUAGGGCCUUUGCCGGACUUGGACAGCAUACCCCUGCCUGCUGCCACAAGCACAACCUCCAAUGCCCCUCAGUCUGAAUCCAGUGAAACUAUUUGUGACACAAAUACUCAGCAAAAAUCACCAACAAGUCCAGAACCAGUGCUGGUUACAUCAUUUGUUGAUAAAAAGAAGGUAGUACUAGAAAAUGGAGAAGGAGAAAUACCCCCUCCUCCCGCUACAGCUCCAAAGAAAAAGACUGUUACUUUUUCAGAACAGAAUGAUGAAUACGAGAUCCCACCUCCACCACCUAUUAUUGAGGAUGAAUAUGUGUACAACCAGGACAGCGAUGAGGAUGAGGAUGAUGAUGUGCCUCCCCCUCCACCACCUCCACCUCCACCUCCUCCUCCUCGGCCUAAAGUGGUUGCAGAAGAGGAGGAGGAGGAGGAAGAAGAUGAUAUUCCACCUCCACCCCCACCCCCACCUCCUCCCCCUCCAAAGGAGAAAACAAAUCCUGAAGAAUUAUCCCUGCCACCGUUGAGUGAAGAUUUAUCUACUGAGGAAGUGGAACCAAGCACUGUGUGGGGUAAGAAGCAUGACAUUCCAGCUCCCCCUCCACCAGCAGACCCCCUUUCCAGUAGCUACGAUGAGCAAGAAGUGAGUGGGUCUCAGGAUGGUCUCACCUGGGGAAAGAAGCUCCCAACUGCUGCACCCCAAAGGCCCUGGAGUCCAGUUCAAAACCCAGAGGUUCAGUCCUCCCAGGGGGAUUAUGACAUUGGUGAGAUAGACAUGGACAUCGAUUCUGACAGCGAAAGCAACAGUGCCCCUCAGGAGUCUGGUAUAGAUAUGGACAUCAGUUCUCCUGAACAGGAAUUCCACCAGACUGAUUUGAGCAAAUCUCUUCUCCAGCCACCACCACCACCACCUCCACCACCAGCUCCAACUAAUGAUCAACCUGACGAACAGCCAACCUCAUCUAUUGGCAAGGAAGCCUUAGCGGAUAUCUCUCUGCCUGUUAGUCAUUUACCAGCCCCGUCAGCUACUGUGCCCCAGGCUCAAGAACCUACACAGCCAUCACCUUUCAGAUUAUCUUUUAGGGCACAAAAACAAAAACUUACACUGAGUGAUCUGUGGGAAGAUGACACAGAGGUGAAAAAAUUGUCUGCUCUGCCAAAAGCCCCUCUGUCACCGGAUGCAUCACUUGAAUUAGAAAGAAAGGAUCAAGAUGAUAUCAAUUCUUCUAAAACUGCAGUCAAAGAGUCAGUUUAUGUAGCUGAACAGCAGUCUCUCUCCCAGUCACAUCACUCUGUUCAGGAUAUUAGUACACAACCUAAUACAGUUGAUAAAGAUAUUGGGGAUAACAGUGAGAUUAAGAAGCUUCUUGACAAGUCAACCCCAGCAGAAGUGCAAAAUUUUAAACAUGAGCUGGCACAAAGAUGGGCACCUGUAACAUUUAGCACACCUCCAGAAGAAACUGCUACGGAGAAUAAGUCUGUCACAGAGGACAAUGCAGAGGACACCAAAACAAGAGAAGUCAUCGGAUCAAAAGGGAAAAAGAGAAAGACAAGAUGGUCUGAUGCAAUAGAAGUGGACACAGAUGAUUCAAAUUCUGAUGCAGGAACUCCACAGAGAAGGCGCAGUAAUAGGAUCAGGUCUAUUGAAGAAAAAAUAAAACAGGAGAAAGAAGAAAAGGAUCGAAGGGAUAAGGAAGAAUGGGAGAGGAAGGAAAGGGAAAGAAAAGCAAUGGAACAAAUAAGGCUUGCAAAACUUGAGAAAGAAAAAAUCACAAAAGGAACUGUAGAUGAAGAAAACGGAGAAGAAAGGCCAACAAUUUUAAGUUUAAUUAAGCAGGUUUCCUCCUCAGAAGCUAGAGAUGUACACAUCCCUCUGCCUGGGCGAAAAGAACCAUUUGACGCUGUAUCAGCUCUGAAAGCAGAAGAUGGAAUUCGGAAAGAAGAGAUGAUGUCCCCAAAUGUUAAGCCCAAGUCAAGAUGGCGUUGGAUCAGUGAGGUGGAGAAUAACGAAGUCUCCAGUUUGGUUAAUUCUAGUAGUGCCACACAGUCCACUACAGACUCUAAUAUCCAUGAGGGUACAACUCUGAUCCCACCCCCACCGUCAUCACCCUCACGAGAGACUGCUUCAGUGGUGAAACAGGAGCUUGUUGAUGGUAUUGCUAUAGACAAUACAGAUUCCAGCAGUAUAACUUCAGAUAGUUCAUUUAAAGUGCCAGUGUUGAAACUGGAGAGAAUUGAAAAUGACCCCAGGUUCAAGGACUUGGAUGUGUCUCCAAGCAAAGAUCUUGAGAAAAGAGAACCUAGUCCAGAAAAAGUAACCCCACCAGUUUAUGAGAAAAUAACAGAGAAUGUUUACUUGUCAGAGAGAAAGAAGUCCAAAGCAUCUAAGGAGGUCCGGCGUAUGGUAUGUGAUUGUACAACCUCCAAGGAAGACCGUAUGUAUGGUAUGGCAGCUUGUGGAGAAGACUGCCUUAACAGAAUGCUCAUGAUUGAAUGUGGUUCCAGAUGCCCAUGUGGAGAUUACUGCACAAAUAAGAGAUUUCAAAGGUUUCAGUAUUCCAAUGUAGCACCAUUCCAGACAGAUUGGAAAGGCUGGGGUCUCAAGGCCAAUGAAGAUUUAACAAAAGGCCAAUUUGUCAUGGAGUAUAUAGGGGAGGUGUUGGGAUACAAGCAAUUUAAGGCCCGCACAAAGCAGUAUGCAAGAGAAGGUCACGCCCAUCACUAUUUUAUGGCCCUGAAUGCAGAUGAAAUAAUAGAUGCUACUGUUAAAGGAAAUGAUUCUAGAUUCAUCAACCACAGUUGUGAUCCCAAUUGUGAAACACAGAAGUGGACAGUGAAUGGACAGUUGAGGGUUGGAUUCUUUACAAGACAACAGAUUCCCAAGGGGACGGAACUCACUUUUGACUACCAGUUUGAGGUGUACGGUCAAGAAGCACAGAAGUGUUACUGUGGUUCCUCUAACUGCCGUGGUGUCUUGGGUGUACAAAAGAAACAGACGGAAGCACAGAAACUUGCAUUGGAAAAUAAGAAAAGGGAAAAGAAGAGGAAAAAAGAAUUAUUUGAUGACAUUUUGUUGGAGGAAGAAAUUGAGCGCAUGCAGGAGUGGCAUGGUCUGAAGAAUCACAAGCAUGUGUUAGAGUUGUGCCGAGUAAUGGUGAGGGCAGAAACCACUAGUCAAAAGCUGGCUCUGUUACAGAUAAUGCAGGAAACAAAAGAACCAGCAUGCCAUCGCCUGUUUCUUGGCUACCAUGGGCUGUCACUGUUGUGGAGCUGGAUGGCAGACAUUGGGGAUGGGUCCCUGGAACUGAAGAAACAAAUCCUCACUGUGCUCAAGUUGUUGCCCAUCACUAAUAAAACUGUGCUUGAGGACAGCAAAGUGCUUUCAGUGGUACAAAAAUGGGCUGUGGAACUUAAAAACAACGAGGAGAAGCCAGAUGGUAGUGACUUUGGUGUAGAUAAAGAUGUAGAUGAAGAAUGUGCAAGUGAGCCGCCAUCACGUUCUGAGACUCCGCUCAUUAGUAGCAGCAGCCAUCUUGAUAGUCUGCGCUUAUCAGAACAGUAUAAGAGUGACAGCGAUGAUGCUCUACAAAAGACACCAAACAAAAAGAGAAUAUUGCAGAGAGUGAAAGAACAAGAUGAAAUCAACAGUGGCUCUGACAGUGAGUUGUCAGAGUCUAGUAGACAUUCUACUAUAAAUGCAUUGGACAUAUCAGUUAACAGCACAAUUAGCACAUUAGACAGCUCUUUAGCAACAAGCAGGCUCUCAGCUAGUUUAAAUACACUACAAGAAUCCUACAAUUCAACAAUGGCAUCCUCACAGGACUCCGAACAGUUGCUGGGUUUUCGUGGGGUUGCAAAAGAUGAAGAAAAAGAGAUGCUGGAUGCAGAGCUAAAGGUUUUAGAAGAAAACUCUGACAUCAGCCAAGAUCAGGCAUCGGCAGGUGAUGAAAUUUGCCCACCAGACCAAGGUCAGUCCCAGGAUACAAAGAAAGACAGUGAUGUUGAACAGGAGGAGGAUGUUCCUGGUGAUGGUCCAUCCAUACAAGAUGAGGCAGAAUUUGAAAGUAUUGUUGACACUGUAGUGGAUGAAGAAAAUCCAAGUGCCCCUGCUCCUUGUGGGGAAGGUGAUGUGGCUGCAGAUGAGGAACCAUCCUUAUCUGAGGAGGGUCUGGAUGCCCAAAAAACUAUAGGAGUUGCAGAACAAGAUUCAUCUUCACAAGACUCUAUCCAGGCUGAUACAACACAAGGAGAACAGCAAACAGAAUCAACAGUAAAUCAAGAAGAACCCUCGCUAGCAGACUUUGCAUCCGAAUUGCUGGAGUCCUGGAGUAAUCUCAAGGAAUUAUUUAGAAUCCCCAAAAAACAGGAGGUUGAAGAAAGAAAACAAACUGAAAGAGAGCUGGAUCAAAGAGAUAAGGAAAGAUACAGGGAUCGAAGGGACAGCUACGAGAGGGACCGUGAUCGUGGACGAGACAAAAGAUACGACAAGGAUCGAGACAGUGACUAUUACAGGGAUAGGAGCAGAGAAAGAGAUUAUGACAGAAAGAGACGCUAUGAUGAUUCACCUGACAGAGAUCGUACAAAACGAAGACGAAAAACAGAUGAUGAUGAUAAACCUAGGAAACCAUUGCUGCCCACACCACCUAAAAUGUCCAAAGAAGAGCGCCGUCAGCUGUUUGAGGCUCAGGUGCGUGCUCAAGAUGAGAUGACAAGACAACAGGAAGAAGCCCUCCAGCAGGAGGCCAUACAGCAAGCAAUGCAGUAUCAGUAUUAUGACCAGUAUGGGGUGCCUGUUACAGUGGAUGCUAAUGGUAUACCUUAUGUUCAAGACCCAAACAUCAUCGCAGGUGCUGCCCCUGAAUUGCUAGGUGUAGACCCCAAUCAGCAGUAUGGUGAUCCUUCAGCAGCCUUCAUUAGCUCUCAGUAUGAACAGCAAACAGCACCUCAGGGAGCACAGUUCUUAGACUCAAACCGUCCUGUCAUCCCACAAUACUUGGAGCAAGUGCCAAUGUCAGCCCAGCCACAGUAUAUUGACCCCACUCAGCCCCAGGUCAUCUACCAGCCCACACAGCAGCCUGCACAGUAUCAGGUUCAGCCUCAGUAUAUCCAGACCCCCAGUGGUUAUGUGCAGGUGGCAGCUGGAAGCCCAGCCCCGCAGUAUUUACCCCAGCAGCAGCCAGUGUAUUAUGUGUCUGCCUCACACUCUGGUGUGGUAGUACAGCAACCUUAUGGCCAGGUCAAUCAACCUGUGGUCUCCACUCAGACAGGAUUACAGCAGGUCCCCUUGCAGCACCCAUUGCAAGUCCAGCCGCAGCCCCUCCAGGCCGUGGAGGCAGAUAUUGAGGAGGAUACCCUUCCUCCACCUGCUCCACCCCCACCAAAACAGAAAUUACCUCCUAACUGGAAGACUGCCAAAGACCCAGAGGGCAAGACUUACUAUUACCAUACUGGAACAAGACAAACCCAGUGGGAUCCACCAACCUGGGAGGGAGCCGAGCAGGAUGAAAUGGACCUGGGUACGCCCACACAUGAUGAGCCAAGGAUCAAGGCCAAGAAGAAGACCACAACUGCUGCUGCUGACACUUCAAGUGAGGUUGCUAAAAGAUGCAAGGAAGCCUUUAGGGGAAAGAUGUCCCAGUACAUUGUGACAUGUUUGAAUCCCUUUAGGAGGCCAGACUGUAAACUUGGUAAAAUCACCAAUACUGAUGAUUUUAAACACCUGGCCAGAAAGCUCACUCAUCACAUAAUGACCAAAGAAUUGAAGCACUGUAAGCACCCAGAAGAUUUGGAGGUCAAUGAGAAUGUCAAAUCUAAAGCCAAAGACUACAUCAAAAAGUACAUGUCCAAGUUUGGGCAAAUAUACAAACGUGAUCCAGCUUCUCCCACUAUCAAAUAAAGUUCUGGAAUCUACAGAUGUAACUGUCCAAAAGGGACAAACUGAAUUGAGCACCAGAAUUUUCUAAAGUUGAAAGAUAUUUAUGAGGACUUUUAAUUUUUUUAAAUCCUUUUCUUUCCCUGAAUUGUCCAGACUGAAAUGUGAUAGAUGAGUUUGUAUUAUAGAUCCAGCCUAAUUUCUCUUCAUGUGAACUCAAGAUGGUGGCUAUGUACAGCCGGUGAAGCAGUGACCAUAUUAAAAUGAAUAUGAUAUCUGUAAAGUGUUAGUUAAUAGAGAAAUCUUUUCUCUUGACACUGAUAAAACAAGUUUUCUGCAGAGUUGCUACAGGUUGUGCAAGUAAGCCUGCUGGUAACUCAUGGGGAAUUGAAAGACAAAUAUAGGCAUUGGUUUCUUAUGCAACUCAUUUCAAGUAUACCUUUAUUUUUACAAUUAUGCUGCAAAUUGUCUGGUCAGCAAUAUGUUCACGUAUGAAUGAUGGAAAAUUGAAGCUUUGAGGAAGUUAAGAUUAUGAAUCAGAUUAGAUGAAUCUAUUUGAGCUUCAUUGUGUUAUUCUGCAUUACUUUUUUUUGUCAGAACUUUGAGUUCAGAAAAUGCCUCUGAUGACAUUUUUAAACUUGUCUUUGGAAGAACUAAUAAAUUCUACGUGGAGCCAGAUAAAAAUAGUUUAUCUUGGGCAUCCAUAUUCAUCCAUCUAUUCGUCCAUCUUAUUUUGUGAAGUACUUUUUGUGAAUUUUUUUAGGGCAUUGAAAAAUUUGUUGAAAUUAUUUCAGAAAUGUCUACAUUUAUACACGCCCUCGUUAUGAGGAAUACUAGGUGAUACUUCAUUAUCUGGGUUAAGGUGUAGGAGUUUCAGUUGUCAAAGUCCACUUGUAUUUGCAUCAGUUUUAUAAUUCUCGCCAAUAUGGAAGCGAGUUGUCAAGGUAACCCCGAGUCCAAAGCGGGCCUUCUUAGUCAAACUAGCAGCGUUUUUACUGGUUUCUGCAAAUUGACAAGUUUGUCUGUAAAAUCUGGAAAUCGUGGUAAAAAGAGAGCUCAUGAUCAUAGAAAUUAAAAGAUAGAUAGGUUGUUUUCCUAGGUCUUUUCCUCCGAUAUGACUUUUAUAAAUGUCACCUGAAGGGAAGGCAUUAUCGGUGAAUUUUAGGUUUUGAUCUGUUGAUAUUCAGCGGUAAAUAUUUUGUAAUUUUAUACUCAUUAUUCCUUUCAGUAGACACUUAGUAAAUGUCGAUUUUUUAACAGUUAUAAUGUACAUAAUGUGUAAAAAUGUCGUACGUCUGGUGAAUUUUAUUGUGAGAUAAGAAUUAUGAGAAAUAUGAAUAAACACCAUGUCAUUCA